UUUUGGUGCUCGACGCCACUUUCUAUGUUCAAUCAGUUGCAUUUUUGGUGCUCUGCACCAGACUUUCCGCAUAAAGCGAGGCGUUGCAUUGGCUUCUUCAUAUCGCUAGUGCCAAUUCCUCGCUCGAGGAUCCUUCAAACACCAAAGUGAAGUUGCAACAUGGAAGGAAAAAUAAUCUCAGUGGGGCCAUGGGGUUUAGAGGAAGGAAUUCCCUUUUGUCAGAUGUAUGAUGGCAUACUCCGAAAGAUUGUAUUGAUCUAUGAUGGGGGUUUCAAGGCCCUUACUGCGAAGUAUUCAACAUCAAACACUCAUGAAUGUUGUGGUUCUAAUGAACUCUCAAGGAAACUACAGAAAAUGCUCGUUGAAUCUCCUAACUCUUCAAAUAUUAUAAAGAAUGCUGAUUUUAGAGAAGGAAUGAAUUUCUGGAGGAGGAGCUGUACUUGCUGUCAAGCCGAAGUUGUUUCUUCAGGCGAUGAUAACUAUGCUAUUGUGAGCAGUCGACGAGCUUUUUGGCAUAGCAUAGAGCAGGAUAUAACCGAACAAGUCUAUGUGGGUUCCAUAUAUGAAGUUUCAGCCGAGGUCUCAGUUAAGGGCGGUGGCGGUAAGAUAUUUCCGAUGGGUGCUGCUCUUAAGAUCGAGAACUUGGACGCUAGCUUUUAUUUUGUUCUCAUUGGAAGGGUGGAAGCAACAGACUUGCAAUGGGCGAGAGUAGAGGGCGUUUUUUCGUUGAAUACAGUUGCUAAAAGCGUGCGCUUAUACUUCAAUGGACUUACUGAAGGAGUUGAUUUGUUAAUUCGACAUGUAUCCAUUUCUCCUGUGUUUAAGAAUUUUGUGAUAAAGCUAGAACACCCUGAAGAGUACCUAACUGGCAUAAGUGGCUACUCUAGAAAGCUGCAACAAGGAAUGUCUGAAGUCAUCUCCUCACUAACAUUUAAGAGCAACCUCCGCACCUAUGGACCAUAUGGUACCGAACAAGGAAAAUUCUUCAGUUUCAAUAGUGUUGAUUCUGUAGUAAUUGGAUUCCAUGGUACUUCUGAUAACUACCUGAAGUCCAUUGGCUUGUACUUAAAGCCCCUUCAAUCUACAAAGCCAUUACUAUCCGCAGAUCAUUCCAUGCUCGUUUCAUCUUCAAGCGGUGAUUCAUAUGACAAGAAGGAACUUAUGCUUUCUCUUGAUCCUGGUCCAUGGGGUGGCAAGAUUGGAAAUCCAUUUGAUGAUGGCUUCAACGAGAAGAUAACUCAGAUACUAUUGACAAAAACUGGUGAUGUUCUCAGCUCAAUAACGACCGAGUAUGAGCGCAAUGGAGAGUUGAUUUGGUCUUUUAGACGUGGAAGUCUGGGGACAAAUCAGAUAAGCAACUUGAUCAAACUUAAUGCCCCUGAUGAGUACCUGGUACGGAUUUCAGGGUACUGGCGGUGUUUUAGAGAUGGAGACAAUGAUAAUGUUGCCAUAAUUACCUCCCUGACAUUCUUUACAAACAAAAAAGAAUAUGGUCCUGUUGGUGAGGAAGGCGGAGCAUUUUUCUCCUCGCCCGCUGUUGCAGGAAGGAUUCGUGGAUUUUUUGGUCGAAGUGGGAAAUAUUUGAAUGCCAUUGGAGUUCAUAUGCAGUAUCUCCCUACAUUUUCCGAAGAGGUCCUCUGAGACAAUUACACCACUGAUUUUCUUGGCGAAGAAACUUGGUUGAACUCUGACAUGUAGUUGAGUUGAUGAUAUCAGUUUGUGCUGCUAAUUUGUGUUUCAGACAAGAAAUCUCUUAACUUUUCAUAGGCAUUUUCUGCUAUAAAGAAUUUUUGUUUGUUAUUUAGGUUAAUAACAGAUUAACUUUCUAACUUUUAGUUAUUCAGU